AUGGCCAAGUUAGUGACUAUCCAGUUAGUUCCAGUCAAUUCUAAGUCUGGGUCAACUUCUGUCAUCCACAAAUCAGUCACAUCCACUUCCAUGAUUCAAGAGCCAAUCAAGUCAACCACAGUCAUCUCUCAGUCAGUCAAGUUAGCUCCAGCUACUUCGGAGUCUGCUGAGUCAACAUCUGUCUCUCCGGAAUCAGCUGAGUGUGAUCCUGUUAUUCCUGAGUCAGUCAAGUCAAUUGUUGUUCCCCAGUCAAUUGAGCCUGUUCCUGUCCCAUCACUGUCUUCUGGGUCAGUUUCAGUGACCGCUAAGUCGAUGGAGUUCACUGCAAUUUCUCCUGAGUUGACUGAGUUGUCUGCAGAUACUACAGAGGCGAUCAAGCACACAAGUCCAGUCCCAGAGCCUCCAGAGUCCGCUCCAGAAAGAGCAGUUCCCAAGCCCGCUAAAGAGGAAGUUGUUUCUGAGCCCGCUGCAGAGAUAACUUUUCCUGAGCCAACUCCAGAGAGAGCAGUCGCAGAGCCCGCUCCAGAGAGAGCACUUACCGAGUCCACUACAGAGGAGGUUGUUUCUGAGCUCACUGCAGAGAGAAAUGUUCCCAAGCCCGCUCCAGAGGAAGAUGUAGUUUUCAAAACCACUCCAGAGAGAGCAGUCGCAGAGCCCGCUCCAGCUCCAGAGAGAGCAGUCGCAGAGCCUGCUCCAGCACCUGAGCACAGUCCAGUGUCAGCUUCAGAAUCAGAAUCAGAAUGA